GAUGAUUGUAAGAACGAUAAGUGUUACAUAUGUGUUGUCUCGCGUGUCGCGUCUUGUGAAUGUCGUGUACCUAGUUCUUACGUUAGCAGAAAAAAAACAAUAAGUGUUGACAUGCUGCAUUCUUCUCGUUCACAUUCGUCGUACCAGUCGUUUUAGUGAUUCGGUGUUGCGAUGCUUAGUGCUGUAGCAGAAGUACUACCAAUGGUGGAUCGGAUGACCCUCCACCCAUCUUAAAAUGUAGCUGCGCCACGCUACUCUUUCGUUGAUUUUUCUGCAGUGGAAUUGAUUAGGUACGGCAGGUUCUUUGCAUUUCUUCACUUUUAUUAAAACAGGAGAAACACACUACACAUCAUAAAAAUAUCUUCACCGUAAAUCGUAUUCGUCAUGGAAACCCCUAAUCCGCAAUUGUCCUGCAAGCAAGAUCUUCACAAGGAAUACAAUAUCAUUCUGUUUGGCGAAACCGGCUCAGGCAAAUCAACUUUGAUAAACUAUCUGACGAAUUAUUUCCAUAACGGUACACUCGAGAAUUUGAAAAUUGCAAUUCCUACGAAACAUUAUGAGGCAACCGAGGGUCUACAGCACCACGAUGACAACGUUCAGGAUUCUUCAAAUGGUCAAACUAGAACCUGUGCUGUAUAUAAUUUCAGAAGAGAGGGCACGAUAUUCAACUUUAUAGACACUCCAGGGCUCAGCGAUAGCAGAGGAGCGGCUCAGGAUGACUUCAAUAUUCAGCAAAUUAUGGGAGCUGCGGAGCAGAGUGGCGUGUUAACUGCAAUUAUCCUCGUUAUAAAUGGAACGCAGACCCGAGCCACAGUAACACUACGCAACACAUUGAGUCUGUUGAGAAGCUCAAUACCGGAUGUCUUUCAGCAGAAUCUCGUUGUUGUUCUAACAAAUUGUUCUGCUGUUACCGCCAACUUCGAUCUGUCGCAUUUGGAACCUUGGACUAUUGCUGAGGCGAACGUUUUCCACAUGAAUAACUGUGCCCUCAGUAGACCAGUAUCACAAUGGAUACACAACGAGCGUAUGAAGAAAAAUAUGGAACAUGAAUGGCAAUACUCAAUGGAAACUAUAGAAGAAUUGAACCAGCUCUUAACGAAGCUUGGUGGCAAAGCGACCGAGGCUUUCAAACAAAUGCGCAUCAACAAAAACAUAAUAAAAUCGCAGCUACAUGGCAUUUUAUUGGAGGUGAAGAAGAUCCAAGAUCUUCAAAAUGAACUAGAUAUUAUGAAAACCACACAGCAAAAUGUAACCGCCGACAUCAAACAAUAUUCCGACUACAAGCGAACAAAGCAAGUGGAAUACUCGGAAUUGGAACGUGGUAUUUUUGUCAGGAAAUUCUGCAUUGUAUGCUUGACGCCAUGCCAGGACGAACCCUCAUCGUUCUCAUUGCCCCACACAAUACCAUUUUAUAGAGACGUUACUAACCUUGUAGAAUAUAUCUUCAAGGGGAAAUGUCGCUGCGGCCAUACACCGUUUAGUCAUUACGAUUGCAAACUUCAGUCAGUUAAGAAAAUACGAACCGUCGAAGAAAUUGUUCAAGAUGUGAAGAAAAUCUAUGAUAAUAGCGUGAGCAAAAACAAGGCAAUAGAGUCUAAAAUUGGCAGCCUGGACACCGACAUCGCUGUACUGAGAUAUGUUUUUGAUAUAAAAGAAGCCGAAAUACGGAAAUGUUAUCAUGAGCUCAAGAAGCUCUGCUCGCAGUUUAACUUUGUGCACGAGGUCCAGGGCAUCAUGGACGACAUGGAGAGAGAUGCCCGUACGCUUACUUCCAUCGCGGCAAGGACUGAUGCUGAGAACAGAAUUAGAAGCAUCACAAAGUUGGUCGAUACGCUGUCAAAGGCUGAGAUGAGUGACUAGAACGCAAAGAAUAACGCAAUAAAGUAUCUAUUUUCGCUCCA